UUGAGUAGCCACAACGCUUUCAAACGCCAAGCGGAAAGGAACUCUGAUAAAAACCAAAGUGAAAUUUACUUAUAAAUAGACUGACUGUGCAUUGAAAUCAAAUAUAUACAUAUAUUUCGCUAUGGACGCUGAACGUAUUCGCAUUUCGGGCGAUGCCCCAUGGAAGAAGAUCCAACAAAACACCUUCACACGUUGGGCCAACGAACAUCUGAAGACGGUUGACAGUUCGAUCGAGAACUUGGAAACGGAUUUCUCCGAUGGCCUUCGUUUGAUUCUUCUCGUCGAAGUGUUGUCCCAUCAGCGUAUCCCGCGUUACAAUAAGAAUCCGACAUUCCGUACCCAGAAAUUGGAGAAUGUAUCGAUUGCACUCGAAUUCCUUGAGGCAGAGGGCAUUAAAAUUGUCAAUAUUGACUCAUCUCACAUUGUCGACUGCCAUCUGAAGCUAAUCUUGGGCUUAGUAUGGACUCUUAUUCUCCACUACUCGAUAUCAUUACCCAGCUGGGAUGGCGAAGAGACGCAGCAAGAAUCAGGCCUGACACCCAAGCAGCGCCUAUUGAACUGGAUUCAGCUUAAGCUACCCGACAUGCCCAUCAAGAACUUCACCCAUGACUGGACUACAGGCAAGCCUGUGGGCGCUUUGGUUGAUGCCUGUGCACCUGGUCUCUGUCCCGACUGGGAGCUCUGGGACCCUGAGGAUUCUGUGCGCAAUGCCGCUGAGGCCAUGACCUUGGCCGAUGAUUGGUUGGAUGUGCGUCAGCUGAUCAGGCCAGAGGAGUUGGUUGAUCCAAAUGUGGAUGAGCAGUCUGUCAUGACAUACUUGUCGCAAUAUCCCAACGCUAAGCUCAAGGACGGUGCGCCAUUGCGUGAAAAGACUGAUCCCAACAGUGUUAUUAGUGUACCAACUGUUGUUAGUCCUCCUUCCCUCGAAGGAUUGCGCGCUUAUGGUCCUGGCCUGGAACCCACUGGCACUAUCAUUGGCACCACUGUUAAAUUCACCGUGGAAACUGUUGCCGUCGGCAAUGGAGAUGUUGAGGUCGAUGUUGAGGCACCAAGCGGAGAGAUCGAGCGAGCUUAUGCUUACUUUAACAAUGACAUGAAUCUCACCUACACGAUUUCGUAUAUGCCUAAAGAGGUUGGUACCCACAAGGUGGUCGUCAGAUUUUCAGGCUAUGAAAUUCCCAAUUCGCCGUAUUACGUUGAGGUCGAGCAUCCCAUUGAGGAUGCUAUUGUGGAUAACUAUGAUGAAUAUUUGGAUUUGCCCAUCACUAACAAUAGCACUCAUAUUGAUGCUUUGGUCGAAGGCAUGAGUUUUACCUUCUUGGGUUACGUAAACAAAAAGUGCGAGAGCUUCUCCAUAAACUUUUGCCUUGAUGACGAAAAUCAGAAUACUGCUUUGCAUGUGAAUCCACGUUUCCAUCGUAAAUACAUUGUGCGCAAUACCAAAACAAAUGGAGUCUGGGGUCCUGAAGAAGUUGCCUCUCCCAUAAAAUUCCCUCUGGAGCGUGGUCAUCGAUUCAAGAUACAAGUGCUCGUCACAAGGGAAAACUACUUGAUAUCGAUAAAUAAUCAAGCAUUCGCCCAGUAUAACCAUCGUUUAGCCUAUGAGUCAGUUCGUGUGUUGCGUAUCGAUGGCGAUGUGGAAAUCAAUCAGAUUUAUCGCACUUUUCUAAAUGGUUUUCCAAACCAAUUUCCCAAUUUCGGCCCAUCGGUUGGUGAUUUUACUGAACUGCCCCUCAACGAGAAUGUGGCGGCAAUUGGCGAGCUCAACGAAGGAUACAAUUUCAUCUUCUGCGGCCGAAUUCUCGACGAUGCAAACAAUUUCUCCAUUAACUUUAUGUACGACGACGAGGAACACGAUAUUGCUUUGCAUAUUUCCACACGACUUCAGGAAAGAUCCGUUGUGCGCAAUACGAAAAUCGAAGGUGAUUGGGGCCAUGAGGAUGACACCUCGGAGCUGCCUUUCCUUUUCAGGCCAGGCGCUCCAUUCACCAUUCAAGUGCUUGUGACUGCCGCCUAUUAUCUGAUAUCGGUUAACGGUCUGCACUUUGCGCAGUACAAGCAUCGUUUGACCUUUGCCUCGGUGCGUUUCCUUAAGGUCAAGGGAGAUGUGGAGAAUGUGCAGAUUUACAGCAGCGCUGUCUACGGUUAUCCAGUGCCAAUUUUGCCAGCACGGAAAACGAGGGGUAUUCCGGUUGCCAUUGCGCCAACAAUGGCCAGAUUAACUCUUGCAGAAGAUGCCGAAGAGACGUCAGAUGCGGAAGCUGUGGAAGUUGAAGAAGAGGUUGCGGAAAUUGUUGAAGUUGCGGCGCCAGCAACGAAAAAAGAAGAUCAUAAGGGAUGGUUCAGAAUUUAACUAACCUGUUAAUUAGUAGUCUUCAUUUCCAUUUUCAUGAUAUUAAUUAUUGUUUCUAAAUAAACCAUAAAAGUGAUAAAAGUA